AAAGAUUGGUUCAACUGUAAUAGACUUAAGAUAAAUGAAGAAAAAAACCCAGACGCUGCUUUGCACUCUGAAGACUGGGGUCCCCUUCCAGGAGGCGGUAAAGCUGUUGGGGUUCUGGCUGGACUCUAAGUUAAGUUGGAACGACCACUUAUCAAAGUCACCUGAUGUAUGGCAUUGUGCUGUGGGGACAUUCCCCGGCUGUUCGGGAUGUAUUGCUGCUGCAGAAAAAGGCCUUAAGAAUCUUAACAUCAUCGGCCCCCGCGCGAACACUGCCGGCCCCUUUUUAUGGAACUCGGCGUUCUCACCGUAUACAGCCAGUACAUCCUCAACACCCUG